AUGGACGACGACAUCUCGCAAUGGGGCUCCUACACACAGACCAUGACCUUCACGACUCUGGUAACUGAUCCAGUGCCCGUGACACUCCUAGCUGUCGUUCCGACAAGAAGACAGACACGCGCAAGUGUGCAAGGUGGGAUCCCAAGGAAUACCAUAUUUUCAUCAGAGUUGCAGAGCAUCUCUAGCAUGCGUGCAUUUUUCUCCCCUUCACAUGUACUCACAGCUCUAGCAUGCCUGCUCUAUGAGAACCCAAAGUAUGGCAAAUUCAAAGACAACGAUAACAAAGAGAUUUACCACACUUACAGCAAAUUGUUUGGUGGCAGUUGGGAUGCCACGAAGUACGCUUUAACACCGACAAAACUUUGCCAACGCGGUCUUGAUCUCAGCUCAGACAGCGAUGCAGAGGACCGUAAUGACACGAUGCCAAUCAACAUAGAGACAACGAACUCAAGCGACGGGCCUCAGGAGGGGGUGAAUCAUUUAUCUAUGAAUAUUUCCCUUGCCCGAAGUAGAGAGAAGCGUAAGGGUAAGGAAUUUGCUUCUGUCAUUCGGUCAAGAGACAAGGGCGUGAUGACAAUUUCGGAGUGCGUGCAGGACUUGCUUUCGACGGGCCUCGUACAGAGUGGUGACGAGCUUCAUUUGUUUGCUGCGUGGUUCUUCCGUGACACCGAAAAUCGUAUUUCGUACAGUGCCUUUGAAAUACAUGAACUUAGGUUCGUCUGGGUUCAGUAUUGCUUCAAACGCGACAACGAUGCAAACCUAGUGAAGCAGUCGAGGGCGAGACGCAAACUGUGA